AUGACAGAUUCUUCAAAACAUAUAGUUAUUAUUGGCGGUUCAUACGCUGGUAUUAUUGCAGCUAAAUCAAUCUUUGGUCGUAAAGAUCAAUCAGUUAAUGUCACUUUAAUAUCAUCAUCUACAAAUGCAUAUUUUAAUGUGAGUACACCACGGUUAAUUGUUGAACCAGACAAAAUUGAUAAAACUUUGUUCCCAGUUGAAAAAACUUUGAAGAAAUACUCAAACGGCGUAGAUUAUAGAUUUGUGUUAGGGGACGUAGUUUCCACUGAUUUUAAUAAUAAUUGUUUAAUCGUGGAAAACGCCAAGGGCCGACAAACAAUUGACUAUGACUACUUAAUUGUGGCGUCAGGUUCUAGAACAGAUAGCCCGGCAUUCAAGUUAGAUGGUAAUUAUCAAGACACUGUUGAUUCUAUCAGGAAGUUGAAUAGAUCAACCAAAGGUGCAAAAACAAUUAUCAUAUUAGGUGGUGGUCCAACAGGUGUUGAAACAGCAGGGGAGCUAGGCUAUCUUUUUGGUAAGGAAAAGGAAAUUGUAUUAUACACUGGACUGACCGGUCCUCUCUUACAAUUGGGUUCUAGCAAAUCUGCGACAACUGUUUCAAAAUUAACUCAAUUGGGUGUUAAGGUCGUUAACAAUAAAAAAUCCACAAGUUUCGAAGAAAAUGGCUCUCAUUCUAAGGUUAUCUUUGAAGACGGUUCAUCUGAAGAUGCUGAUGUUGUUAUUCCUGCUUAUGGGUUAACUCCUAACUCGGAAUUCUUAGAUGCAAAAUUCCUCGAUUCUCGUGGAUACUUGAAGACUGACGAAUAUUUGCGGGUAAAGGGCCAUCAUAAUGUAUUAGGUUUGGGUGACAUUCUUUCGAUCGGCGAAAAUACUGUUGUGAACAUAAAAUACUCCCAAAUAGCGGCUUUCGAGUCUGUUGUUGAUUUUGAAUUCUUUGGUAAUAAGAAUUCUAAACUCAAGACAUAUACACCUAUUAAGACCACAUUAGGUGUCCCUGUUUUUAGCAUUUGGUUGGAGCCUUCCAAGCUUCAUUAUCAAAUUUAUGAAAUCAAAGGACUUCAUGAUUUCUAA